GACGGGGACCUCUCUCCUCGUAAAUAAAAGAUCUCAACUUCACGAGUCGCAUCUUCGUUCUACCUAUUUGUCAUCGGUGUUUGUGUUUUUUGGGUUUUGGUAGGGGUUAGAGUUACUGCUCCGUUUUACUACAAGAGACAGAGGUACAGAGAGGGAUAGAAUUCUGAGAAAUUUGCGAAAUUCUGGGAGAUGGGUUCCCUGGAAACUGGAGGAAGAGACUGUGAGCAACAAGAAGAGGAGCUAAUUCUGAUGGAACAGUCUCAGAGGUUUUGUAUGUUCCCUGUUAGAUACAAACAGCUCUGGGAGAUGUACAAGAAAGCUGAAGCUAGUUUUUGGACUGCCGAAGAAGUUGACCUCUCCCAUGAUAUUCAACAGUGGAAGGCUCUGUCUGAUUCUGAGAAACACUUCAUAAGCCAUGUACUAGCAUUUUUUGCUGCAUCUGAUGGCAUCGUGUUGGAGAACUUGGCCGCUCGAUUUCUAAAAGAUGUUCAAAUUCCAGAGGCUCGAGCAUUUUAUGGGUUUCAAAUUGCCAUGGAGAACAUUCAUYCUGAGAUGUACAGCUUACUUUUGGAGACAUACAUCAAGGACCCAAAGGAGAAGCACAGGUUGUUCAAUGCCAUUGAAAACAUUCCUUCUGUUGCUAGAAAGGCUAAGUGGGCCUUGGAUUGGAUUCAAAGCUCCACUUCAUUUGCAGAAAGACUUGUUGCCUUUGCAUGUGUUGAAGGAAUAUUUUUCUCAGGAAGCUUCUGUGCAAUUUUCUGGCUGAAAAAGAGGGGACUCAUGCCAGGAUUGACAUUCUCAAAUGAGCUUAUUUCCAGAGAUGAGGGUCUCCACUGCGACUUUGCUUGCCUUCUGUACAGCUUGUUACAGAAGCAACUAAGCUCGCAAAGAGUUCAUCAUAUUGUGCAUGAAGCUGUAGAAAUCGAGACUCAAUUUGUUUGUGAAGCUCUCCCAUGUGCAUUAAUUGGCAUGAGCUCAGUUCUCAUGAGCCAUUAUAUAAAGUUUGUUGCCGAUCGCCUACUGGUUGCAUUAGGGUACCAGAAAAAGUACAAUGUAGAAAAUCCUUUUGAUUGGAUGGAAUUUAUCUCCUUGCAAGGAAAAGCAAAUUUCUUUGAGAGAAGGGUGGGUGACUAUCAGAAGUCUUCUGUUAUGUCUAGCCUACAAGAUGGAGGAAACUAUGUUUUCAAACUGGACGAAGACUUCUAGUCUUGAAUCUUCCCUUGGAUUCUACUCCCCAGUUAUUGAAGAGAUUGCUAACAAGGCAUCAAAAUUUUGUAAUGACUACUUACUGUAAAAUUUUCUUUAAAUUCUUCCUCGAGUAUGAUAUACCUUCUAAAUUUUCUGAGAUUUGGCUCAAACCAAAUCAGAAAAAGAGGACCCAAAUGCACAGGAUAAAUACUGCAAUUGGAUGAUAUUGACUAUUUGAA